UGCGAGCGAUGUAAUGUAAAAAAAAAAAACUUACAUUCUUGACACUGCGCUCUGUGCUGCUAUAUAAUGGCAAUGGCCAUUGCUUUGGCUUCCUUUUCUUUUUCUUUGAUUCCCACCUGCGCUUUGAAUCUCUGCUUUUUUCGACCCAGACCUCCAUUUCCGGCCUUAAUCUAAGAUAUAGUCAAAGUUUCCUCCGCUUUGCUUUUUGCUGAGAAAACUCUGCUCCUUUAAUCACUUUUCCCCGCUUAACCCUUUCUCUACUUCCCCUGUUUUCCUUCGCCAAUCACCAAAUCUUCCAUUUCUGUUCUCCAUUGGAGCCUCCCUCUUUUGAGCUCAAUAUAACUCUGUUUUCUGAGUGUUCGCGCGUGCGUGUGUUUUUCUCCUUUCUUUUUUAUGGCAACGAUCAAACCCAAUUCAUCCGUGAAGAGCAAAACGAGAUUCGCUAGGACUUUUCAGAAGGUAAUCAAUCUCAGGAACGCAACUCGGAUCGCGUCAAGUAAUGGAAUCUGUGUUCUGGUUUCACAUAACAAGUUUAAAGAUGAGUCGAGUAUCCAUGGAGGAAAAUCCCAAAUCUUUGACAGAGGUGAAGAAGACGUCAAAGCUCGGAACAAGGCAGUCAUGGAAGCUCUGGCUGCAAAGCUUUUUGCUAGCGUUACUUCAAUCAAAGCUGCUUACGCCGAGCUUCAAAUGGCACAGAGUCCUUACAACAGCAACGCAAUUCAAGCUGCAGACCAGGCGGUGGUAGACGAAUUGAAGGUCAUUUCAGAGUUGAAACGGAGCUUCUUAAAGAAAGAAUUAGAUCUCUCACCGCAAGUGACAUUAAUGCUCUCGGAGAUUCAGGAACAGCAAAGUUUGAUGAAAACCUACGAGAUUACCAUUAAGAAACUGCAAGCUGAGUCGGAGCAGAAGGAUAUCGGUAUUGUCGCGUUAAAGAAAAAGCUCGACGAAUCAAUUUCGUUCAACAAGUCGUUGGAAAAGAAGCUAAAUGCUAGUGGUUCUUUAUCCAUGUUCGAUAAUCUUCAGUUUUCUCUACUCAAUCCAACCCAUUUUGCUCAAUUCCUCCAUUACACCCUAAGAUCCAUCAGAAAUUUCGUGAAAUUGAUGAUCCGCGAAAUGGAAUCAGCAAGCUGGGACCUCAACGCGGCCGUUCAAUGUAUCGUCGACCCUGACACCAAAUUCCCGGAGCCAACUCAUCGGAGCUUCGCUUUUGAAUCGUUCGUCUGUAAAACAAUGUUCGAGGGUUUUACAACUGACCCAAAUUUCAUAUUCCAAAACGAUUCGUUUCCCCUCGACAAGCAGCAAAACCGCCAAAUGUUUGAAAAAUUCAAGAAGCUCAAACCAGUAAACCCUAAAAUCUUCAUUUCUCAAAACCUUAACUCCUCAUUCGCUAAAUUCACCCGCUCCAAGUACCUCCAACUCGUCCAUGCGAAAAUGGAGUGCUCUCUGUUUGGAAAUCUGAACCAGAGGAAAAUCAUGAACUCCGGCGGCGUCCCCGACACGACGUUCUUCGCCGCCUUCGCCGAGAUGUCGAAGCGCGUUUGGCUUCUACGGUGUUUAGCAUUUUCACUGCACAACGACGUUACGAUCUUCCAAGUGAGGAAGAACAGCAGAUUCUCAGAAGUUUACAUGCAAUGCGUUACCGAAGAGACACUGUUUUCUCCGGCGGAUAUGAACGAUUCAGCCGUAGGAACCGGGUCGGAGCCUCGAGUUCGGUUCACCGUUGUUCCGGGUUUCAAAAUUGGAGAGACGGUGGUACAGAGUCGAGUUUAUUUAUCGCCGCCGAGUCGCUAAAUUCCUGGCACGUCGGGACUCCGGAAUGAAGGAAUUCAGUGUUCGGAAAAAUCUCAGGCGUUAGAUGCUAAGCUUCGAUGACCGUUAGAUCAGAAUUGAUGGAAGAGAUUAAUCGGCGUACUGUAAAAACUAUUUUCAAUUUUUCCAAUUAAUUGUAUAAAUAUCUGUAUUAUAGUCACACUUAUGCUAUAAUUUAUAUAUGAGUUAUUAUUCA